GACACUACAGACAAAGGUUCUUGGACCCCACCUUGUAUUGAAAGCAGAACAUUGAAUGUGACUUUGCCCUUACAAAAACCUGCAGCUAGCGUCACAUCCUCCGAGUCCGAUAGACAACAGCUCAGCCACUGUUUCCUUGAGCAAGUUGCUGUGAUUACCAUUCAAAUAAAGAACGUCAUGUGUGUGUCGUGGGGAUAAACCCCAAAUAUUCGAGACAAUUUCUUAUGAAGAGAGUACAAUUCUACAAAGUCACACGAGUCCCACCUAAUUAAUUAACACGCUCAUUGAUCAGAUUGACCACCACUGCCAUUUUCCUUCCGUCACAUAAACACAGGCACAGGCAGUGGUGGAGAGGGCCGGGGCAGAGCAACCGAGAGCCGGAGUUACGGGGAUGAUCGGCAAGGUGGACCUCCGCGGGCUGCAGCCCGGCGGCCCGGGGUGGGAGGAAGCCAAGACCGUGGUGACCGCGUCCAUGGAGGCACACGGCGCCGUCCUCGUCUCCCACAGCGCCUUCGGCCCGGACCUCCGGCAGGCCCUGUUCGGCCGCGCCGCGCCGGAGUUCUUCGCGCUCCCCAUGGACUCCAAGCAGCGGCUCGUAUCCGGCCCGCUCAACGGGUACCUCGGGCCGAGGCCUGAAGCGCCGGCGUUCGAGAGCGCCCGCGUCUUCGAGAGGACCCUCGAUGGCCGCGUCGUGCGCAACUCGGCCGACGUGGUCUGGCCUGACGACGGCAACCCAACGUUCCGUGACACGGUCACGAGGUACGCCGAGAACAUGCUGGAUCUGAAGAGGAUGCUGGUGACGAUGAUCCUGGAGAGCAUGGGCGUCCGGAAGGAGCACGUCGACACGUUCCUCGAGUCGCCCAACUACAGCGUGCGGCCGUCGUGUUAGAAUAAAUGGGCCAAGAGCCUAUUUAAUAAAAUGAUCAAUAAAUUCCAAGACCCAUAUUUUUAAGGGA